AGCACAAGACCUCACCAACUGUCAUGGCGUCUCCCUUGAAGGGGGAUUGGUACUGGAGAAACUAGCCGCUGUCAUCUAUCAGUUUUCUGCCGCAAACAGAGCAUUCCAUCCGGAUUGAAGCGGCUUUGAGGAGCGGGUAGUUGCCAUGGGGACUGUUCAUGCUAAGAGUCUGGAUCCUCUCCCGAUGCAUGGCCGGGAUUUGGGAGUUAACCCGGAUGACUUGAUGGAGACUCCGGACCUGGAGCAGGAGAGCAAGCAGGAGAUCCUAGAAAACAAAGAUGUGGUCGUCCAACACGUCAACAUCCAGGGUCUUGGGAGAACUAAAGAGGACCUGCUGGGCUACGAGAUCUCGGAUGUUUUUCAUGCCAAAAACCUGAUCGAUGUGAUGAAGAAAGCUCACGUGGCCAGACAGAAGCUGCUCCGCCUCGGGAUCUUCAAGGAUGUGGAGGUUCUUAUUGACACGUCUGAAGGUAAGGACGCUCUGCCGAACGGUCUUGAUGUGACUUUCGAGGUGACGGAGGUCAAGAGGCUGACAGGAAGCUACAACACCAUGGUCGGCAACAAUGAAGGAAGCAUGGUUCUGGGAUUGAAGUUGCCCAACAUGUUGGGUCGAGCUGAGAAACUCACCUUCCAGUUCUCCUACGGGACCAAGGAGACGUCGUACGGCCUGUCCUUCUUCAAGCCCCAGCCCGGACACUUUGAACGCAACCUCACUCUCAACAUGUACAAAGUCACCGGUCAGUUCCCCUGGAGCUCCUUAAAAGAGACGGACAGAGGCAUGUCUGCAGAGCUAAACUUUCCUCUGGGGCCGACCAACCACACGUUGAAGUGGGAGGGCGUGUGGCGGGAGCUGGGCUGCCUCGCUCGCAGCGCUUCCUUCGCCGUUCGAGAGGAGAGCGGACACUCGCUGAAAUCCGCCCUCUCGCACACCGUGUCAGUCGAUUCGAGGAAUUCGGCUAUUUUCCCCAACAGAGGUGCCUUACUGCGGAUCAACCAGGAACUCGCCGGGUACACAGGAGGAGACGCCAGCUUCUUGAAGGAGGACUUUGAGCUGCAGCUCAACAGACGACUCUUCUGGGACUCGGUUUUGUCUGCCUCUCUGUGGGGCGGGAUGCUCUGUCCAAUCGGAGGACAGCCGUCCUGCAUCGCUGACAGGUUUUACCUCGGAGGUCCCACCAGUGUUCGAGGGUUUGGGAUGUACAGCAUCGGGCCACAGAGUGAAGGGGACUACCUGGGUGGAGAGGCCUACUGGGCUGGAGGUCUUCACCUCUACACCCCGCUGCCCUUCAGACCAGGAAAGGGGGGCUUCGGAGACCUUUUCAGAACACACUUCUUCCUCAACGCAGGAAACCUCUGCAACCUCAACUAUGGUGACGGUCCCCGGGCUCACCUUCAGAAGCUGGCUGAGUGUAUCCGCUGGUCGUACGGAGCGGGCAUCGUGCUGCGGCUCGGAAACAUCGCCAGACUGGAGCUCAACUACUGCGUGCCCAUGGGAGUUCAGAGUGGAGACAGGAUAUGUGACGGCGUCCAGUUCGGAGCAGGAAUCCGCUUCCUGUGACCUCAUCACUCCAGCAGAGGCCAUGAUGCGAGAAAAGGGAGAUCGUCUUUUUGUUUAUCACCUGUAACUUGUUUUUCGAGUGUGUCACACUAGCAUGGGUCCUACAGUAUGUCCUGGUUAAAGGUGCCUGACUCCUCCUCCUCCUCCUCCUUCGACACGCACCACUUUAGAACAACACAGUGCCAGAGCUGCUUCCUUAAAACUAGAGAAACUUUUUACACUACAAACUGAACGGCCUUUCAACUGAGUAACAGAUUGAGCUCGAUAGCAGCAAACACAAGAAAUGACGACAUCUAAGGCAAAAUACAAUCACGGUGAACCUUCAAGCAGCAUAUCAGAGCCUUUUCUCUUUGGACAGACUUCAGAAUUAUGCUUUCUUUUUUAGUUGAAGCCUCUUUCUUUGAGUGUUUUCUGCAGCACAUGGCGCCUCGUCUUUGAGGGAGUCACCUACGAGUGAUUUCGCCCCCUUAGUAAAUUAUUUUCCUGAAUGUUUGAGAUUUUGGGGAUUGUUUUCCGUUUGCCUUUUUUAGGAUUGCGUCUCAUCCAGGAGCACCUCUUAUUUGUGUUGACAGUAAACUGGACUCCACACGGUCUUCUGUCCCGACGUUGUCCCGUGUGUGUGUGUGAGUGUUACAGCAACAGUCGGAUAAUAAACCGAGAGAAACCAGCACUUUUUAGUCAAACUAGCCCGCUUGGAAGAGAGUCGGAAUCCAAAACUGGAGGUCGUUUUUGUCCAUUAUUUUAAUGUCUGAUGUGGAAAACGGCAGGUUAAUCUCUCAGGCAUGCAGCGGUGUUAGGUAGGAAGCUCAUCCCGCGCCCCACCACCUCCUCCUGAGCAACAUCCACCACCAGUGCUCUUACCGUUAGUCUUCUUUUUGAUGUUGUCAAAUUCAUUCACAAAUAAAUCACAGCUGCUCCCCUUG